AAAACCGUUCAAUUUUAAAAGAAAUCAAUGGUAGCAGAUAACUGUCCUACGCUCAGUUUUUUUGUCAGAAUUGAAAAUUAAGCUUACAAUAUAAUAAUUGGAGAGGUCGAAAUAAAAUUUCAGUGCACAAAAACUUAGCAAAUCACCACUUUUCAGUAUAAUUCCGAUAUACUUUUGUGAGAGAAAUGGAAAGAGAAAAUAGCAGGGAAAAUGAACCGUUGCUAAUUAUCAUCCUUGGCUGUACGGGAACAGGAAAAUCCAAACUUUCAAUCGAAAUUGGCCGUCAAAUUGGAGGUGAAAUAAUAAGUGCAGAUUCGAUGCAAGUUUACGAAGGACUUGAUAUUGUGACAAAUAAGGUGACAAAAGAAGAACAGGCUCAAGUUAAACAUCAUUUGCUCGAUUUCGUUAAACCGAACGACAUAUAUUCCGUAGUGAAAUUUCAAGCUACAGCAUUGGAAACAAUAGCUGAUUUGCAUAGGCGAAAAAAAAUCCCAGUAAUUGUAGGCGGCACGAAUUAUUAUAUUGAAUCUCUGUUGUGGGAUCAACUAAUCAACGAAUUGGAGAAAUCCAAUGAACAUAUCAACUCAAUAUUUAGGAACGAUGAACUGAACGAAGAUAAUUCACCCUGUAACGCGAACACAGAUCACGCUGGAGGAUCUCACAGUGGAAUUCUAAAUCUGAACGUCGAUGAAAGCAAUUCUAAAGAAGGUGUACAUGAAGAUAAAAAAAUCUGCGAAAACAACUUGCUGUUGCACAAGGAGCUCGCGAGUAUUGAUCCAGAAAUGGCGAAAAUAUUGCACCCAAAUGAUAUAAGAAAGAUAAAACGAAGUCUUCAAGUGUAUCAGCGUUCAGGCAUGAGACACAGCGAGUUAUUAGCUCAACAACAUUCUCUAAAGGGCUCAACUAAUUAUAGUGGGCCCAUGAGAUUCAACAACGUUUGUGUUCUGUGGUUGCAGUGCGCUUUUGAGACCCUUGAUAAAAGAUUAGAUGCAAGAGUAGACAAAAUGAUUGAAAUGGGCCUUGUGGAAGAGCUGGUUGACUUUUACGUUUCUUGGAAAACUGAAAUGGCUGAUAGCAGCAUUGGUAUUCUGCAGAGUAUUGGCUUUAAGGAGUUCCGUAAAUUUUUGGAAUUAGGUUACGAAAGAGCUGAACAAGAUCCAGUUUUGUUUCAAAAAUGCGUGGAUGACAUGAAAAGUGCGACGCGUCGGUACGCACGAAGGCAAGUGAGGUGGGUGAAAAACAGAUUCUUGGGUCGUCCUUCUAACUCCUCACCGGAUGUUUAUGGUUUGGACGCGACCAAUCUUGAAAUGUGGGAGGACAAUGUCCUAGGGAAAGCUGUGGAUAUUGUUAACUGUUUUCGUCAUGGGGAUAAAGUAAACCACGCUCCUUUAGAGCGUGUUGUUGUAGAUAUAAAAGCCAAACAUGCAAAUCAUGUCUGUGAGGUAUGCAACAACAGAAUAAUUAUUGGAAACAGAUCUUGGGAAGCUCAUCAACACUCCAAGUCUCAUCGACAUCAUAAGAAGCUCCAGACGAAAAAAAAUAAAGUGCUCGCUGAGAAUGAAUUGUGAUGGUCAAAUAAAUUAUCCGUGAAACUUCGUGUGCAAAUAUAGUUCUAAUUAAUUUAACGAUUUUGGUGCAAUGUAUAGAUCAGUGUCCAUAAAAUAGAUUAGUUGCAAAUUAUGUUGCGUCACAACUGAAAAUUGGAAGUGUGCAAGAGCUUGUCCUAUUCACAUUCGUUUCAACAGUUCAUAGCUAUAAAGCGCUUUCGAGAUGAAUAAUUUCUAACUCGAUACAUUGCCUCAACUUAGUUAAACAAGUAUGAGUGAAAAGAUAAAAGCAACAAGCAAAAAUGAAAAAUACGAUGAAUUGAUACUUACACAACAAGUUAACAUAAAAAAACUCGAGAAAGAAAUAUCCAUGUUGAAAAAAAACAUAGAACGAUACUCGGAGAGCUUGAGGAAGAGCAGAAAACGCAACGACGAAGUGAGUAGCAGUAUCGGGAAGAUCGUGUUGGCAGAAAAUGGAAAAUUCAAAAAUACCUUGGAGAAAUUUUCAAAUAUUUUAGUCGAUGUUGGCGAGUACAAAAACAAGCAUGUGUCAAUGAUUUACGAUAAGGUUAUUGGAGAAUUGUCUCUGUCUCGUUGUCGAUGCAAGCAAGCAUCGUUCAACAUAGACCAUGCCAUGAAAACACGCAAGGAAGAGUAUCGUAAAGAGAAAUAUUUCAAGAAAAUCAAAGAAUCGGAACCAACUGAUAAUCAAAAGUUUGCUAGAGCUCACUCUUCGCUCCUCGCCUCGGUUUUGGAAACCGAAAAAGCGUUUCAGGCGCUCACAGAGGAGCUGGAAUCAUUUGAUAAACAGCGCAUUGCGGAACUGCGCGCUGUGUUGCUUUCCUUCACAAAAAGCGAGCUCAACUAUCACUCGCACGCGUUAGAGUUGUACUCAAAAGGCUAUAAUAUGCUGCGAGAUGUCGAUGUGUCUGCAGCAUCAUCAAUGGUGGAAGUUCAAGACAGCAAAGCCUCUCUUGGUGACAGCAAAAUGGACAGUAGUGCUACAGGUAGCAUGGAGUAAGAAAUCACAGACACGUAAAUGAACAACCUCUUACUGAACAAUCAUGUCCAUUUAAAUGUACCGUCAUAAUUGCUUGUAUAUCAUGCUGUAAACAUGAACAUCAUUUUAUUUGAAUAUUUAUUUUAUGGCUAUGA